ACAAAUUACAGCUCCAAUAUUGUUGUUGAGGAGUAAGAGAAUUGAGCAGGAGAAUCAGAGAGUCUUGGGAGAGAAUGGCAGGUGGAAGUAUGUCUAGCUUGUUGCGGGCUGUAUUUGUGAUGACUUUUAUGUGGGGCUGGUAUUGCUGUGUGGCUAAGCAAGGAACAGCCACAUUUUACACUGCUCCAUAUGUCCCAUCGGCAUGCUAUGGAAACGACCCGAAUCAAUUUCCAAAAGGAGGUUUGUUUGCGGCGGCAAGCGACACAAUUUGGGGCAAUGGAGCGGCUUGCGGAAGACAUUACCGAAUCACGUGUACGGGCGCAACAAAUCAGGGAGUUCCGAAGCCAUGCAAGAGUGGAUCAAUCGUCGUGAAGAUUGUUGAUCAUUGCCCCGCGGGAUGCGCUGGCACCAUCGAUUUAUCUAAGCAGGCCUUCACCGAUAUUGCCAAUCCUGACGCUGGCAAAGUUUACAUCAACUAUGAACAGGCUUGAGCGUGCUGAGAAGCCCUAUUAUUACUAAAUAAAUAAAGGCCGCAUCAACAUUAGUGGAGAUAAUAAGCAAUUCCAACUUUCGUGUUGCUUUUGCAGCUGCGUUGUACGAAGCAGGAAACUUUGAACAUGCAUCCUUUUAAUAAGUACAUUUAAAAUUACUGAAUAAUACAGUCCAUCUAUAUAGUGGCUAUCGUGUUCUCU